AUGUUCAAGCACGCCGCUGCCUCCCUCAGCCGCCCCUUGGCUCGAGGCUUCUCCUCCUCCGCUGCCCGCGCUUCGUACGAGGACACCAUCAAAAACCUCCUCAUCAACAAGGACUCUCGUGUUAUCUGCCAGGGUUUCACCGGUAAGACUGGUACCUUCCACUGCCAGCAGGCCCUCGAGUACGGCACCAAGCUCGUCGGUGGUGUUUCUCCCAAGAAGGCUGGUCAGACCCACCUUGGCUUGCCCGUCUUCGGUUCCAUCAAGGAGGCUGUUCGCGAGACCAAACCCCACGCUUCCGUCCUCUACGUUCCUCCCCCCGGUGCCGCCAAUGCCAUCAUUGAGGCCAUCGAGAACGAGGUUCCCCUUAUCGUCGCUAUCACCGAAGGUAUCCCCCAGAAGGAUGAAAUCCGUGUCGCUGCUGCUCUUCGAUCGCAGUCCAAAUCUCGUCUCGUAGGACCCAACUGCCCCGGAAUCAUCAAUCCCGAAGGUUGCAAGAUCGGUAUCAUGCCCGGUCACAUUCACACUCCUGGUCGCAUCGGUAUCGUCUCUCGUUCCGGUACCCUGACAUACGAGGCUGUCAACCAGACCACUCAGGUCGGUCUCGGUCAGUCCCUCUGCGUCGGUAUCGGAGGUGACCCCUUCCCCGGUUCCACCACUCUUGACCUCGUCAAGCUCUUGCUCGACCACGACAAGUCCGAAGGUAUCGUCCUCAUCGGCGAGAUCGGCGGCUCCAUGGAGGAGGACGCCGCAGAGUACCUCGCCAAGUACAACAAAACUCGUGCCCACCCCAAGCCCGUUGUUGCUUUCAUUGCUGGACGAACUGCUCCUCCCGGCCGAAGAAUGGGUCACGCCGGAGCUAUCAUCUCCGGUGGUAAGGGUGGUGCCGAUGACAAGGUCAAGGCCCUCACUGACGCUGGUGCUAUCGUUGCUGACUCGCCCGCAAAGAUUGGGGCACUCAUGAAGGAGGCCAUGCAGAAGGCUGGCCUUGCUUAG